GGCCGGGCUGUCGUCAGGACGUGGAGAUCCAUGUUCACUGCUGUGAAGACUGCACAGUGCAGAAAGGUCCCAGCCAGCGCUCCCAUGCCCCAUUGCAGCAAUACCUAGUUGGGGCGCCAAUGGAGCGGAUCGGAAUGGACAUCCUGGGUCCAUUCCCUGUUUCUGAUGCAGGCAACCGGUACGUCCUGGUCACGAUGGAUUAUUUCUCGAAGUGGCCAGAGGCGUAUGCGGUGCCGGAUCAGAGUGCGGUAACGACUGCGCAUACUCUGGUGGAUGAGAUGUUCACGCGUCUGGUCUGGUUGAGAGGUUCAACCGCACGUUGGCCACCCAGCUGGCCAUCCUGACCAGCCAGCAUCAGAGGGACUGGGACCAACACCUGCCCCUUGUUUUGUGGGCGUAUCGAACCGCAGUGCAGGAGUCAAGUCAGUGUACCCCUGCAGCAUUAAUGUUCGGAAGGGAGAUCCGAACUCCGGUGGAUUUGGUGUUCGGGGCGCCCCCUGAGCCGGAAAUUGCUGGGGGACCAGAGAUGGAUUACUCCCGGCGGCUCAAGGAGCGGUUGCACACUGUGCAUCAGCUGGCGAGACAGACAUUGGAGGGGGCCGGGGCCCGCCAGAAACGAGCAUACGAUACCCGUGCGCACGGUCCUAUGCUGGGGGCCGGAGAUCAGGUUUCGGUGUACUGCCCCCGGCGGAAGCGGGAGCUGACCCCCAAGCUCAUGAGUCACUGGCAAGGCCCGGCCGAGAUCCUGGAACAGCUAUCAGAGGUGGUUUUCCGAGUCCGGAUGCCGGGGCGGGGAAGACGUGUGGUGCUGCAUAAGAAUCGGCUGGCGCCAUACCAUCCGCUUGCCCCGAACCCGCAGACUGGUGGGCAGCCUGGGGAUUCCUUGCUCCCUAUGCCCGGCUCAGCUGGGGGCGCCAUGUAUCCCCAGUCAAGGCCAAAGCGUACUCGACGCCGGCCCGGAUAUUUACAGGACUUCAGAGUGGACGGUUAAGGUUGUGGGGACACUAAACCUCUUUUGGGGGGGGUCAGUGUAAUGACCUGGCUGGGGUUGUAAGCCAGGUGCAUUCUGGGUAUUGUGUUAUAUGUGUUUCCUAUCAUUCUGCUAGUUCCUAUGUGUUGAUUUGCGUGUUGUGUGAGUGUUAUGUUAAUGUAAGCCACAGGGAAGGUGAUGUGUGUUCUGUGGAGCGGGUUGAAGUAGCAUGGUUAACUGACACCGUGACUCUGUGUGGUAUUCAAUUCAAUUCAAUUCAAUUCAAAAAUACUUUAUUAAUCCCAGAGGGAAAUUGAUUGCUGUAGUAGCUCAGGAUAAUAAUAAUAAUCAAGUCAACAAAGAGUUGUUGUAUAUUACAAUGGCUGUUGGCAGGAAGGAUCUCCAGUAGCGGUCAGUGUUGCAGCGAAACUGAAGAAGCCUCUGACUGAAGACACUCUUCCGUUGUUGGACAGUCUUGUGAAGAGAAUGCUCAGGGUUGUCCAUCAUUUUCUUGAUUCUCUGGAGAAUCCUUCUUUGCAUGAUCUCCUCCAGUGGUUCCACAGUCGUCCCCAGAACAGAACCAGCCUUUUUUAUUAGGCUGUUGAGCCUUGUAGGAGCGUGAUAGAGGAUCGGUGUCUGUAGCGUUACAAGGUGUGGAAAAAAAACCCUAAUAAAGGUCUGGUGUGAACCAUUACUGCCCCCUGCUGGUUGAUUUGGGGACUAUAAACCUGCCGCUGAGACGCUCGGGGUCGCUACAAUAUGUAUAAUAUAAAACUUUUGGAUAUUAAUUCGGGACUCUUUCAGAAUGACUGAGAACAAAGGGAGAAAUUUCUUGUUUACAAUGAAAUAACAAUAUUUUAGAAGCCAUUUUCAAGCUAACUGUCAGGUAAACAUACAGCAAGCAGUAAUUUAAUAAAUCAUUUUAAAGAAAUACUGUGACCUUCGACGAGUUGAAAGUAACUAGAUAAGUGACGAGAUUAAACGUAAACUUCCACAGGUAGCGCGUCUCGACAUGUAAACAGCCUGUGACGCAAUAAUCGGCUUGCGCAUUUCCCCAAAGUAGCACAUUUCGACGGGGAGCACGGAUAGUCGGAACACCGGUGCAGCUGGUGGAAAUCUACUGUGAUGCAAGCAGCUAUGGGCUUGGUGCAGUGCUCACUCAAGACAGUCAUCCUGUAGCGUUCUCAUCUAGGUCACUGACAGAUACAGAAACCCGCUAUGCAAAAAUAGAAAAAGACUGGACUCAUUCAGCAGAUCUUUCAUCGCCCUUAGAGAUGCCUUCCCAGGUGUCCAUGCCGAUAGAUCAGCAAGAGGGUACAGUUAAACCAAGGUUGCAGUGCCGUAUGUGACAGAGUGGUUAAACCACCUGAUAGACUUGGUUUGUGAUGUCUUCUAGCUUAUUGUUAACAGCUAGGAGUAACACAGUGUUCAUAGUUUUGCGAUUACUUUGAUGUUCAUGUACUGUCGACGAGACUUCUAUCAUAGUGUAAUGUGUACUCCUCCUGCCUACCAGCAGAGGGCAGUCGUAAUCUGUUGUGCACAAAAAGCAGGCCAGAAUAAAACACCACUCGCUGAUCUGGAGGCCUGAGCCUCGUUUUGUCGGUUACAGCGACGCAAAUACAUCACAGAAAGGCAGUGGAGACAUGAGGCUUGGCGUGUAGACGGGCGCUGACUGAAAAGAAAACCUCGUGGAUAGGUUUCACCACAGGUAGAGCUAGCUGCUAGCUAAACACGGCUAAAGAAAACCUGCUACCACUUCAGGAUCUGGGACUGCUUCAUCGUGUGUUCUGCACCACCUGGACCUGGACAGCAUGGACACAGUUUCAAGAAAGAGAGAGGAUGCUGAAGAGAAGUCUUUGUUCUUACAAUUUCAUCAGCAGCAAAUAGAAGACCAAAAUGUCACAGCCAGGAGCUCAGAUGACCAGGCGACAGCAGAAAUUGGUGGAAGGGCAGAAACUAGCAGGAACCUAGACAUGAACCUUCAUGAGCAGACAUUUGAUUCUUCAGAGUUGGCAAUUAGUGGAGAUGAUGAUGAUGAUGACGAUGGUGGUGGUGGUCAUGUGAAUCUCAACUCUGAGCUGUCAGACUCAGAGUCUGAAACUAGAGAUGAAGACAAUGAUUGGAAUGAGAGAAGGUCUUCUGAGUCAGAUGUUAAGACUGUCAAAUCCUUUAGCUGCCCUGAGUGUGGUAAACAAUUUCUUCAUAAGUCGUCUCUCCAGAAACAUGUGAGAGUGACAAGUCAUCCAGCAAUAAGGUCUUCUGGCUGUUUGGUUAAUAAGAAAUGUGUUAGAGGGAAGCAAUGUAUAGACCCGUGCAGGAAAGUCCAGAAAGAACUAAAAUCAUUUUGUUGUGAUGACUGUGGAAAAAGAUUUAGUACAAAAUCACAUUUAAACGGUCACAUGGAGGACCACACAGGACAGAAACCUUUUGCCUGUGAUCUCUGUGGACAUAGAUUUACCCAUAAGUCCAGUUUAAACAGACACAUGAGAGUCCACACUGGACAGAAGCCUUAUGCCUGUGAUCAGUGUGGAAAAUGUUUUAGCCAUAAGACAACUUUAAACAGUCACAUGAGUGUCCACACAGGACAGAAGCCUUUUUCUUGUGAGCUCUGUGGACAAAGAUUUAAUCAAAAGACACAUUUAAACAGUCACACAAGAGUCCACACAGGACAGAAACCUUUUGCCUGUGAGCUCUGUGGAAAAAGAUUUUGCCGAAGCACACAUUUAAACACACACAUGAUAAUCCACAGAGGACAUAAGCCUUUUCCCUGUGAGCUCUGUGGACAAAAAUUUGGCUAUAAGAGCAUUUUAAACAGUCACAUGAGAAUCCACACAGGACAGAAGCCUUUUGCCUGUGAGCUGUGUGGACAAAGAUUUAGAUGUAAGUCAGGUUUAAACAGUCACAUGAGAGUCCACACAGGACAGAAGCCUUUUGCCUGUGAGCUGUGUGGACAAAGAUUUAGCUGUAAGUCAACUUUUAACAGUCACAUGAGAGUCCACACAGGACAGAAGCCUUUUGCCUGUCAGCUCUGUGGACAAAGAUAUAGCCAAAGCAAACAAUUAAACCGUCACAUGAGAGUUCACACAGGACAGAAGCCUUUUGUCUGUGAGCUCUGUGAAGCAACAUUUAGUUGUAAAUCAAGUUUAAACCGUCACAUGAGGGUCCACACAGGAGAGAAGCCUUUCGUCUGUGAGCUCUGUGGACAAAGAUUUAGAGAUAAGACAACUUUAAACGGGCACAUGAGAGUUCACACAGGACAGAAACCUUUUGUCUGUGAGCUCUGUGAAGCAAGAUUUAGUUGUAAGUCAAAUUUAAACAGUCACAUGAGAGUCCACAGAGGAGAGAAGCCUUUUGUCUGUGAGCUCUGUGGACAAAGAUUUAGACAUAAGACAACUUUAAACGGGCACAUGAGAGUUCACACAGGACAGAAAGCGUUUGUCUGUGAGCUCUGUGAAGCAAGAUUUAGAUGUAAGUCAAGUUUAAACAGACACAUGAGAGUUCACACAGGACAGAAACCUUUUGUCUGUGAGCUCUGUGAAGCAAGAUUUAGUUGUAAGUCAAGUUUAAACAGUCACAUGAGAGUCCACACGGGAGAGAAGCCUUUUGUGUGUGAGCUUUGUGGACAAAGAUUUAGACAUAAGACAACUUUAAACGGACACAUGAGAGUUCACACAGGACAGAAAGCUUUUGUCUGUGAGCUCUGUGAAGCAAGAUUUAGUUGUAAGUCAAGUUUAAACAGUCACAUGAGAGUCCACACAGGACACAAGAAACUCAUUUAACUACAAGAGUUCCAAAUAGGGACUUUUUUAGUUUUAGAUAUCAGUCUUGUACCCCUGGUUAACUGUCCUUUAUCCAGGCUGCACACUGAAAGCAUCAGAUGGCACGGAACAUCAGUGGAACGGUGUACUCGCGACAAUCACUGCACUCGAGUGCACAUGGGGAGAGUCUCAGCAGCGAAGCAGCAGGAUCACAAAAAGGCUCCCUCUAGACUUCAAAGGUUACAAUUUGUUUAUGCAAUCCACCAUCAAACCAAAAAGAAAGAAAUUACAUUGUUGCUGUUUGAUGUCAUAUAUGAUGUUGUUCCUCUCCACUGCCAGGAAAAAAACAAUGAAAACCCACCGCUGCACUUCUGGAACAAUACUGCGAGUAAAUAUGUUGUACGGUCACACGUAAGCUUCAUAUAUAUGAAAUAGCAUUAGCUGCAGUACUUUUAUUUUGAAAGUUACUGUGGAUUUUACACUGAAACCGUGUGUGAUUUCCUGUCUGGCCUUAUGUUAACUGCGGUAAUUGACGCAUCCCUGAAGUGGGGAAAAAAGAACCCGAUUCUAUCUUUAGCAGUAUGCUGCACCACGCUGCUUCUGGGACGCGUCUGAAAAUUGCAGCGUCGCAGCUGGAUUGUUACACUCCAUAGACUGUAAUGGAUUCUAUUUUAAGCAAUGCCGUUUCGCUGUCUUUCCGUGCCGCUGAUGCUUCCAGUGUGCAGUAGGGAUCAGCGUUAACUGUCCUAGAUCAUGGCUGGAUUCAGGAUGUGAGCCACCUCUUUUAGAGUAAAUUGCAGAUUAGUCUCCCUUAAACCAAUGUUUAGAGAAACAUAACAGGAGCGUGUUUUAAAUAAAAAUUUACACAAACAUGAAUUUAGGCUCAUUUUUGUGAGAAAAAUAUUUUUCUAUCAAACCAGAAGUGGCAUAGGCAAUGGGAGAUGUGUUAGCUUGAUCCAGAAAAUAAUAUGGAUUUUAAUGCUAGCUCUGACACAGAGGAAGCUUUAAAAUGUUUAAUACUUACUAGUUUGCUUGCCCGUGCACAUGCACAGGUUUUACAAAGGUGCGUGGCAUUGUGGGGCAGCUGUAGCUCAACAGGUUGAGCGGGUUGUCCAUUGAUCGGAAGGUUGCAGGUUCGAUCCCGGCUCCGGACAGAGAAUUCUGCUGUUGUGUCCUUGGGCAAGACACUUAACCCACCUUGCCUGCUGGUGGUGGUCGGAGGGUCCGCAGGCGCCUGUGCUCGGCAGCCUCGCCUCUCAUCCCCACCAGUGUAUGAAUGUGUGUGAAUGGAUGAAUGAUACACUGUAGUGUAAAGCGCUUUGGAUUCCUUACUCUGAGAGGCGCUAUACAAGUGCGGGUCAUUGUAAAAGGUGUGAGCAGUUGCCCAAGUCCCUUUUUAUCAAUAUUGUGCUAACAGCGCUGUGGCUCAACAGCGGCGGCACAUACAUUUAGGAAGCCACUCGAGAUGGUGGUGUAAGUGUUUGUUUGAGAAAUUCUGUAAUUUCAUACAGCUAGUAAUAUUGUAAGAUGUGUUUACAACAGGUUCUGAAAACUUAAUGAUGAUUAUAUUUUUUGCCAGUAUUAUGUAUGAAUGUUUAUAUCCAUUGUUUUGUGGUUAUGUACAGAAAGUAGUCAAAUGUAUGUUUUGUUGUCCCAAUUUAAUCAGUAAGUUACAGCAUAACAUGGUGAAUGGCCUGUAUGACACCCUCCAAGCAACACAGACGCAAGUGAUUUAUUUUAUGGGCUUUUUGAAUGUCUUUCAUCGUUGACCUCUUCUGUCUUUCUUUCCAAAGACCUUUAAACCGUGAAACUGAAUAUACAGGAUUUUACAGUUAGAACAAACACAAUAAUGUGCAACAAAAAUAAAGACAAAUAAAUA